UGUAUUCACUCGUUCAUUCACACGCUACGCCGCUCCUCCCCUGUCCCCACCCCGCUCGCCCCUCACGAACGUGGUAAGACACCACCCACCGCGACCGCGCUGCCGUAAUCUUGCAAGCUUCUACUGGUGUUACUGCAACAGUUCACAUGAGGUGAGGCCAGGUAUAUAGCGGUGUGCUUGUGCCUUGCUGCUCGAGAGAGAAGUCUCUGGACAGCUCUAGAGAGAGAAGGGGAGGAGGUGAGCCAUGGGGAUGGAGGGCGGUGGGAAGCUGCCGUACAGCUACGGCGGCGGCGGCGGCGGCCACCACGACGCCAAGCUGCUCAAGAGCUUCAGCCGCGUGGAGCCCCGCAAGUUCGGCCUCGGCCUCAUCGCCGGUUUCCUCCUCGUCACCUGCGCAUACUUCUCCACCGCCAAGUUCGACGCCAUCCACAUCGUCAUGAUAAGCUCUCCUGCCCAGAAUGCAGCUGGGGUUGGCUCGCUGGUGACCGCCGCCGACAGCUCCAAGCAGCAAUUAGAUUUGAGCGUGCAAGACCGAGACGCAUUGUCGAAGCAGGGGAGCAAGGCCGAGGUGCUCGAGAAAGACGACGACGAGAUUUCCUCUUCGGGGCCAGAUUCGGGCCGCAAUGCAUCAGUGGUGGGCACGAAGAAAAACGAGACUUUUGUGGGAGAUGGUGAUGCAAGCGUCGUUGUUGCCUCUGCGGCGGCGUCGAAGCCUGCCGCGGAGGGCGGCAAGGAUGUGGUUCUUGCCAAUGACGAUGACGCAAUUGGCGGUGGUGCUGUUCUUCCUCCCGUGUCAUCAGAGGAAUCCGCGAACAGCACGCAAGAAUCAGGUGUUCUCGAGGAUGAGGAGCUGCAAGUGCAGGAUGCUGUUGCUAAUCCUCCCAAGAAGAACAAUGACUCCAGCAGCAGCAAUGGCAGCUCUCCAUCUGUGGUUCCAUCUAAUCCUGCCACUCCCCCUGCUCCUGUUCAGCAGAUUCCUUCUACUACAGAGGUCAAGGCUCCUGCUGAUCAACAGAUUCCACCAAUUCCAGAGGUUAAGAAAGCAGAUUCGGAGACGCCGCUGCGGGAGUGGAAGCCUCUAUGCGACGUCACGUCGAACCGCCGCAUCGACUGGUGCGAGCUCGACGGCGACGUCCGGGUGCUCGGCGCCAACGCUAGCGUCACCCUGGUGGCGCCCCCAGGCGCCGACGACCGCACCUUCCGCGAGGAGUCGUGGCGCAUCAAGCCGUACCCGCGCAAGGCCGACCCGAACGCGAUGCGCCACGUUCGCGUGCUGACGGUGCAGUCGGUGGCGGGCGAGGCGCCGGCGUGCACGGACCGGCACGGCGACGUGCCGGCGCUGGUGUUCUCGGACCGCGGGUACACGGGCAACUACUUCCAUGCGUACACGGACGUGAUCCUGCCUCUGUUCCUAACGGCGCGGCAGUACGCCGGUGUGGUGCGGCUGCUGGUGACCGACUUCCAGAUGUGGUGGCUGGGCAAGUUCCUGCCGGUGUUCAAGAGCAUCUCCAACUACGAGCUGAUCGACUUGGACAGCGACCCGCGCGUGCACUGCUUCCGGCACGUCCAGGUCGGCCUCACCAGCCACUACGACUUCAGCAUCGACCCGCGCCGCGCGCCCAACGGCUACUCCAUGCUUGACUUCACCAAGUUCAUGCGCGCCACCUACGGUCUGCCGCGUGACGUCGCCGCCACCGACGCUGGCAAGCGCCCCAGGCUGCUGGUGAUCGCGCGCGCCCGCACUCGGCGGUUCGUGAACACGGAGGAGAUCGUGCGCGGCGCGGAGAAGGUCGGGUUCGAGGUGGUGGUGUCGGAGGGCGAGCACGAGGUGGCGCCGUUCGCGGAGCUGGCCAACAGCUGCGACGCCAUCGUUGGCGUGCACGGCGCCGGGCUGACGAACAUGGUAUUCCUGCCGACGGGCGGGGUGGUGAUCCAGGUGGUGCCCCUGGGCGGGCUGGAGUUCGUGGCGGGGUACUUCCGCGGCCCGUCCAAGGACAUGGGGCUGUGCUACCUGGAGUACCGCAUCACGCCGGAGGAGAGCACGCUGAUCGACCAGUACCCGCGCGACCACCCCAUCUUCACCAACCCCGACGGCGUCAAGAGCAAGGGCUGGGACUCGCUCAAGGAGGCGUACCUCGACAAGCAGGACGUCCGGCUCGACAUGAAGAGGUUCCGGCCGACGCUCAAGAAGGCGAUCGAGCACCUCAAGAAGGCCAAGUCCGACAGCAGCAGCAACUGAUCAAUUGACCAUCGCUCGUCACCAUGCACGUAUCCAUGCUCUUUCUUUCUUUCUUUCUUUUCUUUCUUCACUUUUGAAUUAUGUCAGUGUAUGUAGCAAGCAGAUCGACCAAAUUCGACCAAAUGUAUGUAGGAUAUGUCGGAAGAAGCUAGAGCUGCAUAUACAUUCUCUUUCAGUUUUCGAUCGGAUGGCUGAUUAAGUGAUCAGGUGGGGAUUAAGGGUGGAGAAUAUGAUCAUGGUAGCUAAAAAGUGUACAAGGUGUUCAUUAGAUGAUGGUUGGUUUUCUUUAGGGGGUUUAGAUCGAUAAUGAAACAGAAAUUCUUUCUUUUUA